UUGAAAUAUUGAUCAAAUAUCAAAGAGCAAUUAAAGAGAAGAGAAAAAAUCUCGAGAGGAGAAAAUAAAGUAAGACGACUCGAAAUCCAAUAUCGACUGGUAAAACCAGAUUUAUUUACGACUAUACGAAAUCGUUACGUGUCGAUCAUAAACAUUGUAAAAUGAUAAUAACAAUGAUAAUUUCAACAUAUUAUUAUAUCACUGAUGACGCCCGAUGACGACCCAAUGACGACUCAACUCAAAGACUGGCUAAUCGAAUCGUUGAAAGAAAGAAACAAAAUGAAGUUAGCGAAAAUUUGUACUCACGCUCGUGCAAACGAGCAAAACUCCAAACAAAACUAUUCGGGCUCUCAUAGCUGCGCAGCUGCGUUUGUUGGUGCGCGCGAUAAUGAUUUCCGGCGACAAGGGAGCCGGCCGGCGACGGGAGGAUAGCUCGAUGGCGAUCGGCGUUUAUCCAGGAAAACGACGUCGCGGUAUUUGUAUGCGAGCGAGGCAUUCGCGCGACCAACGAUCUAUCGCGCAACGUUCGCCGAACAGAACUGAGGAUGUAAGGAUGGGGAAAAUCGAAUGAACGGCCAGUCUCCGCGAGAGUCGGCCUUUUUCCACCACGACGUGACGCGAUGAGAAGAGAAGAGAAGCGUGGUAUAAUCGAAACGCUGACCCGCUCCCCCGAUCAACCGGCUAAGCGAAAUCGACGCGUCGUCGAUAUGCCCACCGCCGUCGCCACCGCCACCGCCACCGACUAUCGCAGAACCUAAGUUAUUCUACGAUAACGGUACACCACGAAAAAAAAGGCAUCCAGGCCAGUCUCGGCUCGGCUUCGCGCUUCGCGUGCGUCUUGCGCCAUAAGGUUGCUGGUUGCUCGCCAGUUCGCCACUCUCGCCAGUCAUCGGACGCUUCGCUUCGCUUCGCUUCACGUCGCGUCGCGUCACAUCGCCAUGUCCGACAUGCGCGUUUAUCGCUACAUCACGCAUUUUCACGCUAGAUCUGAACAAAUACCACUUAUACCAUUAUCCAGUGCAAUCAUGGCGAAAUUUUAUCAGCUAGGUUGUUUAGCGAAAUCUUGGGAAAUAUUGUACUAAUGUUAUUGGUACUUAACUGACAAUUUUUUUAUUUUUUAUUUUUGAUGAGAUCUAAAGAUUAUUUGACAAAAGCGUUACUAUUUACGCAAACAAAAACCGUAGGUAGUAAAAUUGGAUCGCUUUUUUUUAGCUAGACCUGAGAAAGUUUAUCAUCUAAUAUAAAUAUAACGUGAAUUGAGGAAAAUAUUUUUAGCGUAAUCAUGGAGAGCAGCGUAGUAGAUAGCGAGAUUUGGAGAACGGAGAACGUACGUCCACAAAACUAGAUAUAUUUAAGAUAGAACGUGAUAUGAGAUAAAAACUAAAAUACAACAUUUUUUGUCGAUUUAUUAGUAAUUUAUUAAUUUUGUAGAUAUUUUAAUACUGUAUUAAAUUAAUUUAUUAUAUUAAGUAUGAACAUUUACGUGAUGGUGUUUGCUCGAGUUCUCCAUUUAUGUAUUUUUCUAUUUCUUCUUCUUAUAUAAGAAUAAGAUUAUUAUCCACCCUGAUGUACUCUGUUGGCCUGCUUCCUAAUACGCGGGAAAAUGAUGCGCAAUAGAUCCCGAGGAGCUGUGUGCUCCUCGAUGCUGCUAGAAAACGCACGAGAAAUUAGCCUGAAUCGUAAGCGCCGAUGAAAUCUGGCACGGAUCGUUAACUGGCGCAUCAUCCAUUCGUGCCGUAUAUUACGCGAUGUGUUACGAAAUUUUUUUGCACAUCGUAAUAAAACGCGCCGCUAAUCAUCGUUUUCGCGACUAUCUUUUAGAUAUCUAUUCUCGGAAAAAAAAAACACGAUUUGAGUUUGAAACAUAUGUCUAUUAUUAGCAACACUCUAAUAACUUUAGUGAAUUCACUUCAGUUUCUUUUUCUUUUUCUUCUACCCACUCACUACCAAUGCGGUGAUUAUUAAAGAUUUGCAUUAUAAUCGCAAAAAAGAUAAGAUAUAAAAAAGUUUCUAUAAACAAUACAAUGUCGCGGGUUUAUUGAAAUAACUACAAUGAAGAGCCGCUGAAAAGCAAUUGUAAUCUUCUCGUCACUAAAUUAAUUAUAAUGAAAAGUAAUAUGUAAGUAUCACGUGUACUAUCGCGGAUGAUAAAAUUUUAUCAUAAUGACAAAAGAUUCUUAUCGGUUUUUAUUUUCAAUCGAUAUAGCGAAACUACUUUAUCGUUUUUGGACCGACAGAAUUUUGCGCGUAUAAUUGAUAAGCGAUUAUGCAUUCAUCAGCAAUCGAAUGAAAAUAAAAAAGCUCCGUAAUGACGUGCGUAAAUGAUGAUAUCGGUUGUGACGUUCGAUCAAUGCCUAAAAUUGAAAGACGACAACAACGAUGACGAUGGCGAUGACAAAGAAAGAGAGAGAGAUAGGAUAAUUCCUUGACAAUGAGAUUCGAUCGUCGAUCUGUCUUGGCGAUAAACUACCGAAGUGGCCGAUGAAAGACAGGAUGCGAGCGGGACCGGACGUAACGAGCUUGGCAUACGCAAACAGUUCCAGAAAUGAAGGAAACACCUCGGUCGUAUAAGUCAUUGUCGUGCCGCAGUAACUUUUACGUUCAAGAGCCUUGUUACGAUCAAGAUAAUGCCGCUAACAAUAUAUAAGUAUGACACGCCUUCUAACAAUAAGUUAUUUGCUAAAAUACAUAGCUAUAUUGUAACGGGUAGCAUUAGACAUUCACGAGGCCUCGUUGGUUCGCGCUUUUUGCUACUAUCUUAAAGUACAAGGAACACAAUAUAGAAUUUUAUUGUAUAUAUAUAUAUUUAUAAUGUUUAUAUAUUUUAUACAUUACGUUUAUAUGGGAUGUUUUAUUUUCAUCUUUCCACGUGAUUACCUUUCGAAAUAAAUGGUUGUUAAAAAAGAUACAUCAAAUCAAAUUCCGUUCCGAAGAAACGUCGUAGAAAAUAAGAUAAUCGCACAGAUCAUAGCGGACACUUAAUAUGUAAUUAUGGUAUAUCAAUAAACGUAACUUCGACGAAACAAUGAAAGUCAAUAUCGACCGAUGUGUCUUUCUGCUAUUACAUAUGACAGGAGCAUACGCUAUAUACGUACGUAAUACAUAUAUAAACGGCGGUAAAGCGUUUGUGGAGUUCAUAGACCCAGCUAGGACAUUAUCUGACUCGAGCAACAGCUCAGAGUAUAUAGGUACUUAUAUACAUGGUGCAGGAAUACAUGCGGAAUUAAAGCAUAUUUUCCAUACACAUUCCACGAGAAUAACCAUUAUUUGAGAAACUGGUUCGUGCUGAAAUUCAUAUUGUUAGCACGUGUGCGCUUACAAUCAUUUUUACGUUGAGUCUUCAAUUUCAAUUGACCGCGUAAUCGGCGAGUCGAGAUUCACCGCGCAAUCAUUCGCAAUUAUCGCGAACGCGUCAUUAGAUCUGAUGUCUUCCAUCUGGCUCACAGCUUGGAAAUUGAAAAAUCGGUAAUCCGUUAUCGUCUCGUUUUCUUUCUUUCUCUUCCUCCCACCCUCUCUCUCUCUAUUUUGUUAUUCGCAUUUUGCAUCAGAUACAAUUUAUAAUAGUAUAGUGGCAGAGAUGAUUAAAGGAACAAUUCGCCAGUAGUGAUGGUUACGCGUCAACCACGAAAUAUUGAUCGUUAUUUAUUGGCAGAAGAUCGUUUGCUCGUAUACAUACCGCAUGCCGAUGUAGUACAUAUCGUCAGUUUCGGUCGACUGGGUUAUCAGGGGUUGAUGUGGAGAGAUCGUUGCUCACGAUGAAUGCGGAGGAAGCUAAAGUGGGCUGCUUUCAAAUGGUGUUAGUGCUGCUACUCGGAAUAAACUAUGUCAUCGUCGCCAUGAGUCACGCAUUGCCGGUUUUUCAUAACUACACACCAAAAUUUUAUUGUCAGACGAAAGAUUCAACAAAUAAAAGCUUUGGCUGUCAAAUCGCAGCAAAUUCCUCGAUCGUUGCCAAUUUAACUUCUGCGUCGCCGGAAGUGCCAGUGCUUACAUCCUGUUCCGGCAAAUAUCGCUUCGUGACAGAGUUUACGGAGAACAGCGUAGUCACCGAAUGGGGUUUAGUAUGCGAGAAACGAUACUUAUCUUUUCUUGGGCCGACCGUUUAUUAUACGGGAGUACUUCUGGGUGCGUGGAUCACUGGACUCCUAACUGAUCGUAUUGGCAGACUUCCGAUCCAAGCGAUAUGUCUUUACGCGCAAGGCACAAUGGCGGUUGCACUCUAUAUUGUGCAGAACUAUCCUGCAUUUUUGGCGCUACGUGGUCUUCAAGGAGUAUUUGUUCAAGGCUUGCAGAAUUCCACAUAUAUUCUCUCCCUGGAACUAUUUCCAGCGCGAUCUCGCACUCUCGUUGCAUUGAUUAUGCAGAUUUCCUGGUCGAUCGGUCUCGUACUGCUCGCAGUACUCAGCUACGCGAUACCAGAUUGGCGAAUUUUGCAGUUGGCUGUUUCUGUACCUACCGCGAUCACUGUGCUGUACAUUUGGAUUAUACCGGAAUCGCCGAGAUGGCUACUGGCUAGGGGAAAAUCAACAGAGGCCGAUAUGGCGCUUGAAAGAAUCGCCAUAUAUAACAGCUGCUGCAUUGGGUUGCGAACGAAGAAUAUUCUUGUGCAAGAAGCAUGCGUGAAAAGUAACACAACGCCGAUGAAACCAGAGAGGAAGUCGCGAGUCACCAGCGUCGAACUUGAGAAAGCGAGGGCUGACGAAAAUCAACAAGAAGAAGCUACGAAUUUGUUGAACGAGUCGGAAUUAAAUAAACGAAAAAUUAUAGAGAGAACUUUAGAAGCCAAUUCGAUCGAGUCGGAAAACAAAUUUUCCAACGUGGAAUUACGCCGAGAGACGCCAAGUUCAGCGGAAGAUUUUGACAAGAGACAUUUGCCUUCGAGUUCCAAGUGCGAUCGAAAUACAAAGAUAAUCUCACCAUCGGAAAGCGAUCAAGGGAUUUCCCUGAAAGGCGCAGAGGAGGUAGUAGUGUUGCGUAGAAUAAAGAAAGAAAAAACAAAUGAAAAUGAAGAGAAAACGAGAAAUAGCAUUAAAAAACAGACCGCUAACAAGAUAAGCUCGACAUUCAAGAAUGCAAUCGAAUCGUCGAUAUUAAGAAAAUACGGUGCUAUAAUGAUUUGUCAAUGGUGGACGUCUACAAUAGCGUGCAGCAUACUUGAUGAUCUGGCGCCAAGUUUUCCAGUUAACAGGCACAUCACGUUCGCCCUGGGCGCAACUCUCGAAAUGGCGACGUAUACAUUUGUGUACUUUGUAUUAUCUAGAUAUGGUAGACGGCUGCCAAUGUGCACAUAUCAAUCUCUCAAUGGCGUUGUUUGUAUUUUAAUUGCGGCUUUCAUCAUUUUAACCACCGCCACUGCACCAUGGGCCGAUCUCGCAAAAACGAUAAUGUUGCUGUUUGGCAGAGUGACUAUCACGAGUACCCUUUCAAUCGCCUACUUGUAUACCAUUGAAAUAUUCCCAACAGUGAUACGAGGUAGCUGCUUAGGUUUAUGCGUGGUGUUCGCAAAAAUCGGCAGUCUAAGUAUACCGCAUUUACUUUUAUUGAAGCACCAUGUAUCACUUCCGAUACCGUUACUAGUCGUUGGAAUGUUGUGCCUCUUCUCCGGCGUGUUGGCGCUGAUUUUACCAGAGACACUGAAUAAAAUUUUACCAGACCAAGUGAUAGAUGUGGAGAAUGUAAUCGGUAACAAUAAUUGCAAGAGUGAUGGUGUCAAUAUAGAAAAUGACGUGAAGGAAGAGGAUUUGACAGAGAGACAAAUUCUAAGGGAGAAACUCUUUUCAGAAGACUGGGUAGAUGCCGGCAAUGGAAUUCUGGUGAAUUUCACGGAGAAUAAAAAUACAGAGUAAUUUAUAAAAUAAAACGACUUUAUAUUAAAAUUACCAUACUUUUUAAUGGACAUCUUCAAUCCGUUUUAUUCGUACGAAGCGUCACAUAGUCGCCGAUAUAAAAUAUUUAAAAGCUUACCUAUAUUACAAAUAAAACAAAUAUCAUAUAUAUUUAUAUAAAAUAUUAUACGUUGUUUGCAUAUAUGUAUAAACAGAAACAUGAAUUGGAUAACAUUAUCAUAUCUAUGACAAUAAAUAUUUAUUUUUAUUUUAAUAUUAAGCGUAAAAAGAUAGCAUAUAUACAUGGAACUCUCGUUCAAGAAUAAGAAGAGACUCAGGUUAAUUUGGCAGAGGCAAGAUUCAUGUUUUAAAAACAUGUGAUAGAUAACUUUUAAAAUUUUAUGUAUGUACAUAUUGUUAUGGAGAUCCAUGGUCCACAAAAUACUCGAUUGCGGCUGUGUUGCAAAAUUCAUUGCCAGCGCUGAAAAUUUAUAGUAUACGUUAGUUGUGCUAUGGAUUUCCUGCACUUGCAGUGAAUUUUGGAACACAGCCUGCAUCAAAUAUUUACUCGUAAUAUGUAAUAUACAUAAAAAGCAAUCUAAAAUAUUAGCGCCUAUCAUGAUACAUCCGGACGAGACAUUGAU